CGAGUAGCUUCUGCAGCAGGCAGGAUGGCUGGGCAGUCCAACCUAACAGUGCAGCGGCCAAGAGCCACAGGCUUUGGCUGAUACGUCCAGAGAGACACAGAAUAGAGGGUCUCAAAGGGACCCAACUCAAUGACUUCAUGCAUUCCGGCCGGUCCGCACACAACACGUCGCCAAGCGCCACGGACGGCCGUCAGUUCACCACCCAAUGAAUGAGUGGUGCACUGCCGGUUUCCUUUUGUUCGUCGAGGAAUUCCAGCGAGCAAGGUAGGUUUGGCUUUGGGGGCAGUGGCCGGCCAAAGCAUGUGUACGAAGGUACGGCCGGACUGCCUCCACACCAAACUCUGUCGUUGUCCAUCAUGUCUCAUCUCGUCUUGCGCCGGCUCCCGAUGAUGAUAGGUCCGAUGCUACCCCUUCUUGGGGCGCCCGGGAAUAGACAAGACGCGGAGGCGAAAAGUCAGAAGACGGACAUCGGAGGAAAAAAAAACGCGACCGUCAUGGGGGCUGUCGAUUAUGACGAUUCGCCCGACGGUGGGGAGAGGCAGCAGGCAGAACGGAGAGCUGAGGCCGGACGGGCCGCCAGGAGGAGCGCACAAGGACACGCAACACACGGGACACAGUGGGUGACUGGACGCACUGGAGACACAGGCUGGACAGGCUGGACAGGCUGGGGAGCGGAAGGGUGUCAGCAGAACACACAGAGGCUGCUGGCUGGCUGGCUGUCCCGUCGUGUCCUGCCCGCAACCGAACCUCCGCCCCAUCGCCAUGGAUCAGCACCACCACGGGCCGUCACUGGGCGAUGACUGGCUGUGAGUCCUCUCGAGUGGACAAGAUACAGUGGCCUGCGAGUGGGCCGAUGGAUGGCGUUAGUGCUGAGGGGAGAAGGGC